GCACCACAUCCUGAAGAUUCAGAAGGGGGCUGUGCCGCACGACCCGCACGCUUACUACCCAGCAGAGAACUACGCCUAAGAGCACGGCAUAGAGGAAGGGCAGGCAGGGCAGCGGAUAUGAGCUAUGCUGAUGUGCAGGGGGACAGGCCGGAUGUUCGAAGAACGCAUGUUACCGUCGUCUCUCUCGGUCUGAGCGCCGUCACUAUCUCAAUGUUCAUCCUUUGCUCCCGAACGAAUCUACUUUUAGGAGCACGAUUUCCCGAGCGAGCGGUGGUGGUGCACAGAGGUCACGUAGUUCCGGGUGCGACCAUUCGAGGCCGCGAAUUGAAGGACGCUUGUCCCUUAUCAGCAGAAGGCCAUCGCAGCGAGGGGACUGAGGAUGAUUCAAAGUUGGCCCACGUGCGCGGGUAUCGCUAUCUGUAUGUCUCAUGGCCUGUAUCCGUGCGCGUGUGACUCUUUACCCCGGAUCUUGGUCAGCAGGGUGUACGCUCCGCCACUUCCUCCUCAAUACCACGCUGGUGGCCGUCACACCGGGCUUCAUGGCGCAUCGAUUCGAAGUGGCUGCCG